GCGCGACCUCCUCCAUGAUCAACAUCGUCAAAGAUACCGGUACUUCACUGCCAAUUACAGAAGCAAUUAGUUAAACCUACCAACAAAGACACACACAGGCCCUUUCUCGCACAGCGCACGCUAGGAGAAACUGUUGAGCCUAUUUUUCCUGAGGUACAGAUGUCUCCCAUGAUUUUUCUCCUCGUUUCCUAGUUUCCAGGAUGAUUCAGGUGAACAAAACUUGCGGCACGUUUUCACGCCGUAUCUUUUUAAAUAACCCAACAAGGCGAAGUAUGGUUGGGCAGGUUCGCAUGUUUUGGGGUUCUACCAAUCUGACUUUGGCCCCAAACCUGCAUCUAUAUCGCCCUAUUUUUACUGCUUUCUUCCGAUGCACCCUUUUGAGGGGGGGGCGGGGGGUUGGUUAUGCGGCCCUAUUCGCAAGUCCACCGUCUCUUCUUCUCAUAUGCGCGUCUAGUAUUCUCCCUUCUCAGAUAUUAACCUGCCCCCCGGGGCCAUCCCUACAGCUGAGCCCCGAGCCAAUCGCAGGCAAUUAUCAGGAGAGUAGGAAAAAGAAAAAGAAAGAAAUAUCUGUCUCGAAAUCCUUCCUCAAGUUACCGAAGCUCGAAAGGAUAUAGAUCCAGUAGAACCCCCCUCCUGAGCGACGAAUAGUCUGCAGGAUUAGCUCUGUCCACAAACAAGACUUAGCCUCGAGGUCAAUAGCCAUUUGCUACCAUAACAAAAGUCUCCCCAGCCAAAAGACUAUGUGCUUUUGCGGACCGGAAGAGUACCCAUACGAAGAACGCAGCGUACCCCGAGUAGUCUCGAUGUCAGAAAAGUCAUCCUCAUCCUACGGCCGCUACGCCCAACCUUCCUCCCACUACACACUGAGUUCGGGACGGCCAUCCAAACGCCAAUCCGUGAGGAUAGCAGAGCAUGACCCACACCCUUACGACAGUGGCUACGAAAGCGUGGGCGCCUCGCUCCGCCGGGAAUCAUUCACUCCCCCGCCCGUGCUAAUCCAAACCAGGCCAAUGGGAUGCAUCGACACUCCUAAUCGCCCCAGCUCUGUAGCCCCUGGUGGGGGUCGCCGGCCAUUCGGCGCGCGCAGCGGUGAAAUGGGAUACAACCAGCCACGUAUCCUCUUCGACGGGGGUCUUGGGCCGAUAGUCCAUCAAGGGCACUCCGCCGCCGGGUUCCAGAUCCCGCACCACACAGGGCAUCCGGCGCACAUGCACUCUAGCGGGCCGAGGGCCUCGAUUCCCAGGCAGUUCAGCAUCAGCGCGAAUCCGCAGCGUGGCAGGUCCGGGAGGUACGUUGGCUACCGGGACGAGAGGAAUGGUUGGCGAGAGGAGCGGGGAUACAGUAGGGAUGACUAUCGCGACGAUAGGGGGUCCUCGAGCAGCGAGGAUAGCUGGGCCAGCGACAGACGGCUGUUCCCGGGCAGCCCGGAUAAGAGGUCGAGUUAUGCUGCGCCGAGUUCCACCGAGAGCUUUUACACCUCGCCGUCCUUGAGGAGGUUCUCGUAGCCCGGGGAGGGGCGGUUAUGGGUGCACAUUAGCCGUGCUGCAGUUCCGUUUUCAUACUGGGGGAGUUUGGGGCAUUUGCUUAGCUUUUUGUUUCUCCUUUCCACCAUCCAACUCACUAAAGCCAUUACCACGGCCAACCGCUUGACGGCUUUUCCUUUGUUUUCUGCACAAGAAAAAGAAGCUGUGUUUCUAUCUUUCUACUAUUUUUUUUCAUUUUUAUUUUCAUCCAUCUAUCCAUAUCCCAGCAUCAUCAGCGCUGCCAUUCCAUCUCGCGAAACAUUGUUUCUAUAGCUUAUGACCUGUAUCAUCUAUUUUUCCUUUUCCAAAACCUAAUUUACGAUUUUUAUUUUAUUUUUUUUCUUCCCACGUUUCUUUCUUUCUUUCUUUUUUAAUGGGGAAAAGAAAAAAAAAAUCAUCGAAAAACAAGGGAGGGGGGUGGGGGGGCGGAGAGGACGAUCCGAAGAUGCAUGGGAGUUGGUCCUUAUUGGAAGGCAUAACUCAACCCACGGUUGUUUGUUGAGUCGGUUAGUUUGAAGGGGAACGGGGACAUGUAGUUGGUAUACCGGUACUACCAUUUAGUUGUAUAAAAUAAUUUUGAAGCCAUCUCAACAGAA